AUGCUUAUCUCGUUGGUCUCAUUCAAGCUUCCAAGGCUGGUGGUUCGUGUGCUCCUACCUUUGGUUUUGUUGAUCGCAAUCACUAGUCUUAUCGUGGUGCAUUCUGGAGAAGAUGUACGCGAGAACCUCUCUGACUUUCUCAAGCAGCUAGAUGCUGCUAAGCACUUUUCCCUGAAGGUACCUUAUGUUCUAGAAAAGGGCAAUGUUAAGUUUACUUUUCUCAAUUUGAAGGGAAAAAAGGGCUCUCCCGAAGACAUCUUAAAGCAGAACAAUGCAAGGUACAAGGAGGUGAUGGCUCAGGAGAUCAAAGAGCCUAAGGACUUCGAUAUAGAGUCAAUCCGGCCUCCUACCGAUUUGGAUUCAUAUCAACAUGCCAACGCGACAAUCAUAUCGUUGGUGAGAAAUAAUGAAGCGGCCAAAAUUGGAUCUGCAAUCAAGUCUUUCGAAUCAAAGUUCAACAGUAAGUUUAAGUACCCAUACAUGUUUUUGAACGACGAGCCAUUCACUGAACGCUUCAAAGAAAGGAUAAAAAAAUACACCGAUGCUCCAAUGACGUUUGUGCAAGUUCCGGCUGAGGUGUGGAAGAAGCCAGACUUUGUGGAUGAAGCUCGUGAGAAUGAAGCUAUGGACCGACUCGAGAAAUUAAAUGUUGCCUACGCGAAGAAAGCUUCAUAUCAUCAUAUGUGUCGAUUCUACUCGGGAAAAUUCUAUAAUCUUCCUGAAUUGCAGAAAUAUAAAUACUACUGGCGCUUGGAGCCUAGCGUGAAGUUCUUCACUGACGUCAAUUAUGAUGUUUUUAAGUACUUGGAGGGUACAGGAAAGAUAUAUGGCUUCACGAUAAAUUUAUAUGACAUUGAUGAGAGUAUUGAGACCCUAUUUCCAGAAACACUAGCAUUUCUCAAUCAAGACGACAAUUACAAGUACGUUAGUGAAAAUGGCGCCUUCCAAUGGAUCACUGAAAAUCAACAAAAUCCAAAGAAGGCUAGGGUAGCCAAUGGCUACUCGACAUGUCAUUUCUGGUCCAACUUCGAAAUUGCAGACAUGGAUUUCUAUCGCGGCGAAGCAUACACUAACUGGUUUAAUUAUUUGGACUCUACCGGAAAGUUUUUUUAUGAAAGGUGGGGGGAUGCUCCUGUGCAUUCUCUAGGGUUGGCUCUUUUUGCCGAUCGGCGUAAAAUUCAUUGGUUCAGGGAUAUUGGCUAUCAUCACACGCCAUACGUUCAUUGCCCUAACACCCCUACAACACGAGGGUGCACAGUUGGCGAAUUCUCGGACCACAAUAGCGAUUACGACCAAAAUUGUAUGGCCACUUGGAUUGAUUACGAAGCAGGUGACUUAUCAUCUGUUUACUGA